AGAGGCGUUGUCGCACACGAAGGACUCCAGGAUUAUAUACUCGCCGCCAGCCUUCUAGCAUUUUCAUUCGUUGCGCAUUUGAAAGCUGAUAGCUGUGCUGCAGUUUAAGAACAGUAAAAGCAAUAAAACGUCUCAAGAAAUCUCUACUCCGCUAUGGCCAGCUACAUCCACGUACCCGACGAGGCCCCCGUUGUGCCCAAAAUAGAUGUGACAGUUGAGGAGAACGACUACAGACCGGGUGCGCUGAAGCUGAUGGAGGAACUGAGACCAAGCUGGAGGCCGUCCGAAAUCAAAAUGAAGUUUUUCACCGAUGGCAUAACCAAUAAGCUGCUUGGCUGCUAUGUGGGCACCGCCAUGCAGGAUGUAGUUCUGGUCCGUAUUUACGGCAACAAAACCGAACUGCUGAUUGACCGGGAAAACGAGGUGAAGAGUUUCAGAGUACUGCAUGCGCACCGCUGUGCCCCGCGACUCUACUGUACCUUCAACAAUGGUUUGUGCUAUGAAUUUCUGCAAGGCACUGCACUGGAGCCUGAGCACAUUCGCAGCCAGCCUGUUUUCAGGCUCAUUGCCAGGCAGCUGGCCAAGUACCACGCCAUCCACGCCCAUAACGGCUGGGUACCCCAGUCUGACCUGUGGCUGAAGAUGGGCAAGUACUUCACGCUCAUCCCCAAAUACUUCAAUGACCCUGAGCAGAAUGCCAGGUUGAGCAUGGAGGUUCCCAGCCUACAGUGCCUUGGAGAAGAACUGUUGUGGCUCCAGCAGAGCUUGUCUUUGCUUGGUUCACCUGUUGUUCUCUGCCACAACGACCUUCUCUGCAAAAACAUCAUCUAUAACCAGAAGUCAGGAAAUGUAAAGUUCAUUGACUACGAGUAUGCUGGGUACAAUUACCAAGCCUAUGAUAUUGGGAACCAUUUCAAUGAGUUUGCUGGCCUGAAUGAAGUGGACUAUAGUCACUACCCUGAGCGGGACUUUCAGCUUCAGUGGCUCCGUUCCUAUCUCGAGGCCUAUAAGGAGCACAAGGGCCAAGGCAGUGCAGUCACUGACAGAGAGGUGGAGAUUCUGUAUGUCCAAGUAAACCAGUUUGCCCUGGCAUCUCAUUUUUUCUGGGGUCUCUGGGCUCUGAUUCAGGCCGAAUUCUCCACCAUCGACUUUGACUUCUUGGGAUAUGCAGUCCUACGCUUUAACCAGUAUUUCAAGAUGAAACCAGAGGCGGCUGCACUCAACUUACCAGAACACAAGCUCGCGCCUCCCGCGCUAUCAUCUCCUCCUCCUCAUUCUCAAACCUGGACCCCACCUCACGCGAUGAUGUCAGAGUGCCCUCUAGAGGUCUCUGUUGAGAAGAGCCAGACUGAGAGUCCAGUUUAGUUCAUGAAGAUCCCCUCUAAAGUCCUCAUCCAUAGACUGAAUGUGCAGUGAUAAGCACGGUUGAUCAGGACAAAGCCCAGACUGUUAGUAUGCGUGUGUGAAAGACAGAUUUAAGACCUGUUACAAUGUGAAGCCCACUUGGUUACGUUUAUUUCAGUUAUGCAAACAGCUUAUUGUAUUUAUAAGGAGCUGUGCAAAUGGCUCAGAUCAGUGUAACGCAGAGGAGAAGAAGCAUUAUGUGAUUCACAGCAAAUGCACAGCAAACACCAGCAUUUUUUCAUUUAUUUAUUUUUUUAAGGAUUGGCCAGACAUUUAUCUGAGACACUGUCCUCAUGUACGCUAGGGCUGCAACGAUUCAUCGAUUAAAUCGAUUCUAAAAAUUUAUCGACACAAAUUUACUGUCGAUGCUUCGUUUAAACUCUGCAGCGCUCAGCUGUCUCGGUGUAAGCGGCGCACCUCA